GAUUUUUCAAUCGGGUUUGGAGGUGGUGCUGGUUUUGGAGUUGGAGUUUGAGGCGAUUAUCAUUGAUUUCAAAACUAAGAAAAAACGUAUAAGAGAUCAAUUGAGAUACAUACAUUAAUGGCGUGCCUUCAAAAUUAUUACCGAUGAUAAAAUUAGUUACUUUCACAUCAGUGCAGGCAUUUUACGUACCUGUUGGAUACUUUCUGAGCAUAUCAUUGAGUUUAGAAUGUGUAUGCAUUUAUUUACUAAUUGUUCUUCCGUACCCUUCCCCCUCACAUAUAGGAGUCGACCGAUUUGAAGUUGCACGAAUUUUCACCAUUAUAAAUGAUUGUAAAGAGACAGUUUCAAGCAAAAUAUUUGGUGGAGGCGGUUUCCUAUUAAAACCAGGCCAAUCUGUUGUUGUUUUUACAGCCCCAGUAUGCUGGUCACAUCGAAUAUGGGGUCGAAUUGUUAGCCACUUUGAUAAAGCUGGCAAUGGUACUUGCCAAACUGGUGUAAUUGACAUUGGUAGUGGUGGAGGAGGUGGGAUUGGAUUAAGAGUUGGUGACGGAGGAGUUACAGUGAUGGAGCGGUGGAGGUUGUUGUUGUCUUGUUUUCAGCUGAUAGAAAGGUGCCAUGGAAUUUUAUAAAAUCUAGAAAGGUCCAUUGCUGUUACAGUGCAUUUUUUUUUUUUAUGGGAUCAACUAUGGUUG